UGUAGUGUAGUUCAGUAGUUAAAAUUCUACGCAUCUCCAUACACAUUUUUUUUUAAACAGCAAAAAUUAAUAAUUUUAAAAUAGUCUGUCUAGAUCAAAACGGCAGAGCGAAAUUGCAGGCACUUCUAACUGACAGAUACGGUUUGUAAUUGGUGAAAAAUAUAAAGUUGCAAUAAUUUUAAGCAACCAAGGGGUCUACAACUCUUCUCAUACAUUCUCGGCUGAUUCUCAUGUUGUUCAACACCAUGAUUUAAUUGGAUAAAAAAAUAUACUUGAUUUAGAAAUGGCACCAAUUCCUGAGGAAAACCAGGAUAAACCACCAAAUAAAGAAGAUUCUGAAAUAAAUAAUUUUUCAAACCCAAACCUACCAGUUUAUGGAGGAUCUGACUCUAGCGAUGAGGAUAAUGAUAAUGACAGUGCUGUGAACAACGCAUUUGGUGGCUACUCCUUGUUACCACAGGAAGCUGAUGAUGAUGAUGAGAAUUCAGAUGAUGAUAGUUACCAAAGUACAUUAGAACACAACACAGCUCUGACACCUGGAGAAAACUUACCUUCAGAAUCUCUACCUGAGGCAGUGUUAUCUUCAGAGGCUGGUGCAGCAGCACCCACUGUUAAGGUGGUGGGAAAUACAUAUCCUGCAGGAUUCCUUGCCAAAUUUCCAGAUGGCAAAAUUCCUUCUUACAUGCAGCUUCCAACACUUCCUAGAGAUAACAAUGAUAUAAUUUGGAAUCAGAAGCGACAAGAACAUUGUCAGAUUUUACGUGAUCCAGUAGUGGAUGAGCAGAAUAUUAUAAAAGCAAUGUCCGGAUUUUCCUUACCAACUGCAAGCAUUCCUGAUUGGGCUAAAAACUUGUCUGAUGAGCAAUGGCAUACACAGGUCUUACACCGCAUUGGCACUGUUAAAAAUUCCAACAGAUCACACCCCAAUACUGUACAAGACAGUAAAAGUGAAGAGUCCAAAGAAACUUUACCUGAAAAAGCAACAAGCUGGGUGGCUGAGUUUCCAGAAACUGGUUGAAUGUUUGUUGUGAUGAAUACACAUUAUAGCUUCAAAGUAUUAACAUUAAAAAAUCAUAGAUGAAAGCCAGAUUUCUAUUACCAGGAGUUAAUAGUUAAGGGUCUAUUUCAUUAAUAAUUUGCAGUUAUUUGCCAUCUUUGUUGAUCCUUUGUAAUAUUCCAUUUUAUUUGAAAACAUGGUUGAAAUCACCAAAAUUCUUAUAAAACUUAAAAUAUUUAUAAUUUUUAUUAUUUAAAAGGCACAAUUAUGCAUCAUACAUUUCUCACCCUUCCGAAUAGCACAUCCUUAGUCAAAUCAGAAUUACCUCUUCCUCCUCCCCUCCCCCAGUGUUUUAAGCCAUUAGGUUUACUACAAAAAAAAAAAAUUGAUCAUUAUAGCUGUUCAGUCUAGCAAGUUUUUAUUUUCUGUGCUAGAUUUUGUUAGUUUUUUACCCUUACCAAACACAAAUUGUGCAAUGUUUGUCGAUAUGUACAUGGCUGUGGGUUUUUUCUUACUUAAGUCUUUUUUUUUCUUGUAAAAAUUUUGUAUGAAUGAAUGGAAUGUAAACUUGAUUGUCUUCAGUUCAUAAUUACUAGAAAAUAGUGUAAAAUAUUUUUUGUUGAUCCAUAAACAAAAGCUAAGUAAAAUGCUGUAUAUUUGAAUAAUUUUUAAUGUUCAGUGUAAAAUUAGUAAAAAUGAUAAUGAAACAC